AUGGAUAGAAAACCUAGCUAUAACCCUUACAAACUAAGUAGAUCUCAAAGUUUUAACGUGGGAAAAAAUAAACUUAGUAAAUCUGGACCAUUGAAUCCUAAAUUUAACAAGUAUGGAGUGAUGAAAGUGAGUGCAGAUGCUCGUACCAAAACUAAUACCGCUUCAAAUAAACAAGCUAAAUGUGUAUGUAUGAAGAAAUGCAAACUUAAAAAAUCACAUAAAAUCAUAUUAGUGGUAGGAGUAAUAGUGGCUAUUAUUUUAGCAGCAAUUUUAUCGGUGUGGAUAAAUUUCACAUAUAUAAAAGAUGAUCUAGAUGAUAUCUAUAUAGAACCUUAUCCUAAGGAUAUGAAAUAUCCAAAUUAUAAAUAUAAAGAGAUAAAAAAAGAAUAA